AUGAAGCACAAUCCACCAAAACUCGUUCGCUUUAUGAGUGAACAAUAUCAGAACUAUGGUUACACGGGGGAGGAUCCCGAUAGUGAAACACCGAAAAUCAUCGCACCAAUUAAGGUAAUUAAGAAGAAGAAUUUCAUUCGUCAAAUCUCAAUUGAAGCUGAACACAAAGUCGAUCAAUUAGAACAAGAAGCAGAACUGGUUAGUGAAAUUUUACAACAACCAUCAUUCACUCGAUUGAAGUCUAUCCAUGAAAAUGAGAUUAUCGACCAACAUACCACUAUUGUCAUCGAACCAGUAGCUGAACAUACGGUCAUUGAAACUGGUGUGACACAUUCUGCAAUAAAAACUGGCAGUCAACGGGUACGUUGGAAUCUUUUAUUUAAUCUCCUUCUAUGGCUCGUUGUUCCACUUCCGUUUUGGGUUCCAUUUCUUUCGAACAAAGUUGCUUACUGUAUAAUACCAUCGAUUCAAGGUGUUUUCAUUUUCAUGUGGACUAUUAUUGCAAUAUUGGCCGCGAAAAAUGUCUUCAUUUUAUUUGCGAAUCGCAAGCGUAAUUUUACAGAAAAUAUCGCCUCUCUCGAAAAAACACGCAUUCGUCAUAUUGUUGCUAUUAGUUGUUACAAAGAACCACUCGAAUUAAUUGCAACAAGUGUCCAAUCAGUGGCCAAUCAGACUGAAGUACAUCGAAUAACCAUGGUGGUCUCCUUCGAAGAGAAAACACCUGAUAAAGAAGAGAAAUGUAAAUGCUUAGAUGAUAGAUUCAAAGAUGCUGGAUUUGAGAGAAUCAUAUUUACUAUUCAUCCAUUUGGUUUGCCAAAUGAAAUUCCAGGCAAAUGUUCGAAUUCGAAUUAUGGUCUUCGAAUGGCUGUUAGUCAAAUGGAUGCUGCUGGUGACGAUAUGGACAAUAUUCUUGUGACAACAUGUGAUGCUGAUUCAAAAUUUCCACCAAAUUAUAUUGCAGCAUUGACUCUGAAAUAUUUACAAGAGAAUAGACCAGCAUUAACUACAAUUUAUCAAGCACCUUUGUUUUACAAUUGGAAAUUGGAUGGUUUAUCAUUUGUAACUCGUGUUACAGGACUUUUGCGAAGUUUAUUGAUGCUUGGUGCCCUCAUUCCAUGUAACAUCAAUACAAUGAGUAUUUUUUCAUAUUCACUUAGUCUAGCAAAAAAAGGCAAAUUUAUUCAUCCGGCAUAUCAAAUGGACGAUAUCAUCUGUCUUAUUCGAUGGAUGGGUGUAACACAGCAACGCCUCCGAAUCUCGAUGAUUCCUGUACCAGUCAUCAGUGGACCGACAUCAGGCGAAACCAUAGAAACUGAAAUCAUAGAAUGGGCAAGACAAGCACGCCGUUGGACCAUCGGAGCUGCAGAAGUCUUUCAUUACUUUGUCAUCAAAGCAAAGCGUAUGCCAACAAUGGCAGCCUUAUCUUGGGGCUUGGUUUUCAUUAUCUAUUAUGGAGUUCUGCUGUGUACAGCUGGCUUGUUCGGUUUAACAUCUUUACUAUCCAUGGCUCUAAUCAUCAAAAAUGUUCCACCGGUGGUUACUUAUAUCAUGUAUGGCUUCUUGGGUCUCCAGAUGCUGACGUUUUUGGUUGCAUUCAUUAUUGAUGCAUUCAUUGUUCAAUUGAUGAAUGUUCAUCAACGUAUUUUUAUUCUUCGCAACGCAUUUCAUUUCAUAUCAACACCAUUUGUACUCUUAGGUUAUUCACUGGUAGAACUCUAUGCAUUACAUGAAGUGGUUGUAUUUGGCAGGAAAGUCUGUAAACAUGGAGCAUCAGCCAAGAAUGUCUUAACCUAA